AUGGCUGACCGCCAUGGUCGUGCGGCUGGAUUCCUGCUCCUGCUCUCCUCUGGAUCGUGGCUCAGUCAUCGCCAAUCAACUCAAUAUCUGCCGAGGACGAAGAAGAAGAAGGACAUUAAUUCACCCGCACAGGCCGCCGCAAUAAUGGAGAAGAAGACGAAGAACCUUGGAAGUAGUUCCCCCGCAAGCACACGAUCGUCCAAGUUGGUUUCUGUUCACUGCCACGGCCACGCCUACGAUGCCACGGAGCGGCAGCCAGAAACAGAGACACACACGGACGUCCCACAUGUGCAAUGGUCGCGCCGGUCAGACCUGUCAACCGCUGGCUCCCUUCUUUCAUCCCGUCUACGGCGCAUGUGUGCGUGUGUCUCUGCUGUGCGGCUGGUCUCACCUGAUUCGUGGUCUGGACUGGCCCGAGGUAGCACGAUAGAGGUUGCAACAAUGAAGCCAGUCUCUGAAUCUACUACGGAGUACGCUAGUAAAGAGUCUACAGACUUUACUGUGUACGGAGCAAAGGGCCAGGCACGGGGGCUGCGAGGCAAGAGGACACGAACGGAUACUUUCCAUCGCAUCGCAUCGCCUCACCUCGCAUCGCUUCGACAUUCGACGGCAUCAAUGCGCGAUUCCGAUUUCCUUCUCGACGAGUUCGUCGCCGCUGUCGGUGCCGCCGUCCACAUUGGGCCCUGCACCAGAAACAAUAACCACAAGAGAAAGAGAGAAAGAAGAACAAACCAGUCUGUGAUGAUGCCGGAUGCUGGUGUUGGUGCAGGUUUUUUGGUGCUGGUGCUGGUGCUGCAGCCGGGCCUGGGUCCCCAUGAUGCCCCUGCCCGGCGCAAUCUUGGCUCCAUUCGACUCUUUCCACUCCCAUUGACACCCCAAUGGCUCACCCCGGCUUGUUCCAUUUGCUCCAUUUGCCUCCCCCCCAGGAUACGUACCGGUACGUAUCUUGGUGUUCCCUGCGCGAUGCACAUCCACAAUCUCGUCUCGCUCGUCCAUCCCAUUCUCUCUGCUCUUGCUCUGUGUCUCUUGGGCUGUCUCGCACACACCCGUCGGCCACUAACCAAUGAGUACGUACUUUACAGGUGGAUACAUACCUACCUUGCUUUGCACCUGCUCGCUCUCUUUCUGUACGGAGCAUUAGGUUGUAUACACACACCUCUGUCGUCGUCCAGAAUCCACUGUCCACACCCAAAGAACCAAACGACCAAGACUCAAGAGUACACACGCAAUGCCAUACAACUCCCCAAUAAAACCAUCGUGACACCUCCCUCCCCGUGCACGUUCGCUCUCAUUCUCAGGCCCUACUCUUCUUCUACCGUGUGUCGUCUCUUUGAUCGAGGGUUCAACUUUGCAACAUCUGCCAAGUCAAAGGUCGUCCCAAAUGCGCUGUUAAACGGGUCUUCGGUUUCUGGUUUCAACGUCUCGUCUCUCGCCAUUCGCCAUCCUCGUCUCGUCUCCUUAGCUCCUCAUACCUACUUCUCGGACCCUUCAUCUACGCCGCACUCCCCUUCCUCCUCCCUUAAGUCAACUCGCCUCUAUCGACCGCACUCCCAUACUCUCAAUUUCAACGCCGAUCCUCACUCUCCCUUUCCGCGCCCCACCCUUCCGCAGGUUUCGGCUUCGAAACCGUCUGUCAGUGGAAAGACAUUUGGCUUGGGACUUGCAUCGACUGCCCACCUGCUCCGCUUCCUCACCUGUUGGCUGGAACCAUUCGAGUGGGUUGAUAUCAGGCCAUUGCUGCUCGUCUACAAGGCAUUCGGCUUCGCCUGUCAUUCUUCAUUCCUUACAUACUAG